AUGCGUUUUAAUUAUUCAAGUACAUUUUUCUGCUCUUUUUGGGGUAAUAUCGCUGAUAUUUGGAGUGAAAGCAUUUCCUCAACUAACCAACAGUUCAAUAAAGAGGUAGUCGGGGGUGAGAAGCCAAUCCCUCAAUCGCACCUAGAAAUAAAGCAUCAGUACAUCUACAACACGCACAAAGCGAUAGCAAAACGGAAAGAAUCUGUCUAUGGCGAUACUGGCUGGUACGGCUGCGUGGAUUUAGAUAAAUUUAACUCUUCAAAAGCUUCGUUGAUCGGCUUAAGUCCUGAAAACUUUAAAGAAGCUGAUGUCCAAUGGGUUUAUGUUUAUGUUAAAUCAAAUCGACAAGCAUUCCACGGUAAUGUUGGGAAGUACACAAAUAUGUACAAAAUAAUAGGCGAUGACGUAGUCCUUCCUUGUAACGUAAACUCUCCGGACUACAGUGUAGUUUGUUAUCAUGAUGGCUACAAAAUUGACAUGGAAGGAACAAGAAUUUCAUAUGAUCCAAAAAAAGGACUUGUUAUAAGAAACGUAACCACUAAAAAUUCUGGGUAUUAUCAAUGUUAUGAUAACGUUUAUCAUCACACAAUAAGCUACAUGCUUCAUGUAACAAAAAAACUAGCUGAUAUGUACAAUCCAGUAAUAAGUAAACCUGACGAAGAUGAAAUGAUCCUCGGGGAGCAAAUCAGAUUAAAUUGCACUGCUGAAUUUUCUCAUGAGAGCUUUUAUCACUUAGAAUGGAAAAUUCCUCACCAGAGUGACAGAGUGUCUAUUAACACUUAUGAAUUAGAAAAUGACAUGAACACGCAUGUCCAAGUCCAGGAAGUGGUUAUCGAUAAAGCAGACAGCAGUGACCAGGGCGAAUAUGUGUGCACAGCUUCCUCGGGUAGUAAUACGAAAUCCGCGAAGAUAAACGUCCAGCUGAAGAAACCGCCGCUUGUAAAUUGUUCCAGUAAGAAAGACUUGGCUAGAGCGAUCGCCGGGUUGAAGGACUCCUUACUCCAGGAAAUGAAGUCCGGGCUUGAAGCAUUUAUUAUUAACACGGUUGAACAAUCUGUUAGCAAGAAUAUUGAAUUGCAAUUAGCGUCGAUCAAAUCUAAACUGGAUCAGUAUUUGUUGAGUUAAUUUUUAGGAUUUUAAUUUAA